AUGCUGUUUUGGCACACGCAGCCGGAGCAUUACAACCAGCACUCGACGGGCAGCUACUUGCGUGAUGUCCUUGCACUGCCAAUCUUCAAACAAGAAGAACCUCAACUAUCUCCUGAGAAUGAUGCAAAGCUCCCUCCCUUUCAAUAUGUGCUCUGUGCAGCCACAUCUCCUGCUGUGAAGCUUCAUGAAGAGACUUUAACCUAUCUCAACCAAGGUCAGUCUUAUGAAAUCCGUCUCCUUGAGAAUAGGAAAUUGGGAGAGUUCCAAGAUUUAAACACAAAAUAUGUAAAGAGCAUCAUUCGAGUGGUUUUUCAUGACCGACGUUUGCAGUAUACAGAGCACCAACAACUGGAAUGCUGGAGAUGGAGUCGGCCUGGAGACCGCAUCCUCGACAUAGAUAUCCCACUAUCCGUUGGUAUCUUAGACCCCAGAGCCAGCCCAACACAAUUGAAUACGGUUGAAUUUUUGUGGGAUCCAUCUAAAAGAGCAUCAGCAUUCAUUCAGGUACACUGCAUCAGUACAGAAUUCACUCCAAGAAAACAUGGAGGAGAGAAAGGAGUACCCUUCCGGAUACAAUUUGACACAUUCAAGCAGAAUGAGAAUGGCGAAUAUACAGAACACUUGCAUUCCGCAAGCUGCCAGAUCAAAGUGUUCAAGCCCAAAGGAGCUGAUCGGAAGCAGAAAACAGACCGAGAAAAAAUGGAGAAGAAAACUGGUCAAGAAAGGGAGAAAUACCAGCCUUCUUAUGAUACAACCAUUCUCACAGAGUGUUCCCCCUGGCCAGAUGUGCCUUAUCAAGUAAACAAUGCACCGUCUCCGAGUUACAACAGCUCUCCAAACAGUUUCAGCCUUGGAGAUGGAAACAGUUCUCCAACUCCCCAGGUCGAGCUCCUGCCUCCCAGCAAUGACCAUCUCCUUCCUUCUGCUUCUAUUCAAGAUGCUCAGCAGUGGCUUCAUCGAAACAGAUUCUCUCCAUUCUGUAGACUGUUUUCAAGUUUUUCAGGUGCUGACUUACUGAAGAUGUCCAAAGAAGAUUUUAUUCAGAUCUGUGGGCCUGCCGAUGGCAUUCGACUUUUUAAUGCCAUUAAAGGAAGGAAUGUAAGGCCCAAGAUGACUGUCUAUGUCUGUCAAGAACCUGAGCAGAAUCAACCUCAUCUUCACCAAAAACGAGAAAAUGGAGAUGGAAAUCUUUGUGUAUACCAUGCUAUCUUCUUAGAAGAGCUGACAACUCUGGAAUUAAUGGAGAAGAUUGCAAACUUGUACAGUAUUUCCCCACAGCAGAUAAACCGUAUCUAUCGGCAAGGACCUACGGGAAUCCAUGUGUUAGUGAGCAAUGAGAUGGUACAAAACUUCCAAGAUGAAUCAUGUUUUGUCAUCUCAACGUUAAAAGCUGAAAGUAAUGAUGGCUACCAUAUCAUUCUGAAAUGACCACCUUCUCGCUGUCUGUUGGGACUUUCAGCAGCUUUACACUAUGAUGCCAAUAACCCAGAC